AUGACGCCCAAGAAUUCACCGCUGUUCGCCCCAACGAGGCGAUUAUCUUCCUGCCUGGUUGCCCUGCUGACCUAUGGCGUCGCCCAAGCGGGAGAGGGAGCCCUGGACCAGCGCCCUCAACAACAAAUCCAUCCUUCGUACCUACAACAGCAGCAGCUCCCCCAGCAGCAACGACAACAACAACACGCAGAACAACUCCAAUUGACGCCCGCCGUAUCCACGACUGCCAAGCUCCUGGAUAGAAUCACCGGGGGCGCGAACAGCCACCGCCGACGAAAGCACUCCUCCCGUCACCAGCCUGCGGGGGGCGGCGGCGGCGGCGGGGGUUCGGCGGCGCCUGAUGCAAUAGAAGUCUCGGGAGCAGACUUCGCUGAGAGCACCAACGGCAGAUCGUCUCAGCAGCAGCACCUUGAUGGGGUCUACGUCAGGGGGUGGGAUGUCAACGGCGCGCCGCACUUCAAGAGGCGCAGCAAGAGAGGGAGCCGGUCGUCUCCGGUGCACCUGUUCUUCACGGGGAGUGAGUGGAUGCUGCACCUCGAUGUUGACGCUAACCUGGACAUCAACCACUGCCUGGCUUACUCGGAGGUAGCGGAGGUAAAUCCGUUGAGAACGACCCGCAAGUGGGCGGUGCGCGUGGGACAGGCGUGGGUUAGGAGGCCUCACAUGAGGCUGGCGGAAACUUCUCCGGACGCCGAGCCUAGGGUACCGGCUUGGAAGGCUAAGGAGGAGAGCCGAGCAUCAGCAGGGGCUAACCGCUACGGCGGGAGCAGCGGUAACGGCCUGGCUUCUGCGGAGGCCCAGAAGGCCAUCGACGACGCGGCCCUUAGCCGGAGACUGCUUCCCCUGUACGCGGUUUUCGUGCUUGACGCGGUGGGGCUGGGGGUAGCCCUUCCCGUGUUGCCGUUCUUCGUUAUGGGGCUCAAGGCUACGGCGCUGCAGCUGGCCAUCGUUGUUUCUUCCAACUACAUCGCCCAGACCUUCGGAACACCCGGAAAGCACUACUGCAGGAGAGA